AUGGCCAGCUACCGAGGAGUGCUUCUGGCGCUCCUUUUCCUCGUCGAUGCGGCAGAUGCGCUGAAUAUUACCAGGCGCCUCCGCUGGGGCAAUGAAAAAGCUCUGGUGGCCUGCUUCGGUGAGAACUAUCGAGCUGCCGGCAGCGCAAUCUCACACUGCUUCCAGGAGCAUGACACGCACAACACCUGCUGCAUGCUGGACAAGAGAGCCCGGGACGGCAACGACGCGGCCGGCAACCCGAUCGGUGCCGCGUCGCUGGAAGCUGCACGCAAAAUUGCCGGAAAGUCUGCACAGGAGAUGCCGGACAGUGAUGAGCUGCUGACGCCGUGGUGCACCUGCUUCGGCUCACAGGUUUGCAGCCACUACGCGAAGUCUACCGGCACCAAGGUGAAGUUUGUCAACGACUGCGGCUGCGCAGCGGGCACGCCUGGCAAGGGAUUCUGCAUGUCGAAGAUCCCUGCCAGCAGCAUCUACAACUGUGAGGGUUGGGCCCGCACGCAGUUCCGCAUGCCUGGGCAUGCCACCCCAGGCGUCGCGCAGCCGUCUGAUGACGAGAACGUCUGCGAAGCAUUGCAGGGCAAGGAGGAGGUGGACGUCAGCAGCUGCUGA